AUGGGCCUCUUCAAAGGCCUGAUGAAUGUCAUGGCUCCAGAAAUCGAGAACACGGAAGAAGCCUUGCAGCAGGGUCUGGCAAAUCUCACAUGGGCUAACACGAACCAUAGAAAGUCACAUAGAAAGUCAGUCGCACCACAGCCGCGUCCAGCAGGUCCUGUGCAGACAGAGAUUCCGCAGAGAGUAGAUACUCCUCCACCGCCAGUUCCUGAGAGAAAUCCAACCCGUCCAGGUUAUACUCUACGAAUCCAGCAGAUCCAACAACAACAUCAUCAACUUGAACAAGAGCAUCAAUUUGAACAAGAGCGUCAACUCCAAGAGAAGCCACCAGUCAAUCACCAGGAAACUUCAGACCUCCCCCAGCCUCAGCUAGAGCAUCGAAGACGAGUGACUUCACCGAGUGACGCUGAGGUCUUCAAAGACGAGAGACUUCGCCAGAUAGUUGCAGAGACGAUCCGAGCGCCCAGAGGGUGGGGGGCAGGAGAGUUUUUCCAGCCAUCCACCAAAUUCUUCACCAUCCGCAACCAAGACGCACGCACUGGUUAUCUUGAUGUGGCUGCUGCAAAUACUCAGCGAAUCACCCCGCACCAGAUUUUCCUGAGAGGCCAAGUCAAGAGACAACAAGAUGCAACCGAUGAGUGGGCCCGUCGGACCGGCAAAUCUGCUCCGCCGUACCAAUUCGAGGACUUCAUCGGAAAGGGUGCCUAUGGGCGAGUCUUCAGAGCGGUUCAUAAAGUCUCCCAGCAACAGUUUGCCAUCAAGGUUAUGGACGCAGAUGCGGUGGACAUUCGAGCCAACGCGAAAUUCCGGGACGAAAGCAUCAAAGAAUUCAUGCACGAGACUAAAGUUCUUAAGAAGUUAGCAGGAGCGCCGAACGUCAAUCAGAUUUUUGAUGUUAUGGAAGUAGAGGCUCAGCUUUGGAUCAUCAGCGAAUAUGUUCCAGGGGGCAGUGUGAAAACCCUGAUGCAAGGCACUGGAGGAAAACUAGAUGAGUCGUACAUCUUGGUUAUUGCUCGGGAGGUAGCAAAAGGCCUUAAAGCAGUCCACAAUUCUGGGAUAAUACACAGAGACCUGAAAGCUGCCAAUAUCAUGGUUCAUGAAGAAGGCCGAGUUCAGAUCAUCGACUUUGGUGUUUCUGGUUUGAUGGAAACGAAGGCCGACAAACGCGGAACUAUUAUCGGCACUUUCAAUUGGAUGGCCCCAGAGUUGUUAAAGCACGCGAAAGGUGAUCUCGGAGACGACCGGCAAGCCCCUGAUGGUACAAAGUUUGGUAUAGAGAUCGAUGUCUGGUCUUACGGCUGUACUCUGUUUGAGAUGGCCAGGGGAAGACCACCGAACGCAGGAUUAAUGGGUGCGCGUCAAAUAGAGUCAAUGCUUAAGCGCAACAACCCGAAGCUGAAGCCUGAAGACGGGUUCUCACAGAGGCUGUGCGAUUUGGUGGCAUUUGUCCUGGAAUUGAAACCUGAAAGACGUCCGGCUAUGGACAAUGUCCUCCGACACCCAUAUAUCCACGAGACUGAAAAAUCACACCCAACGACCAUACUUCGGCAACUGAUCAGAGUCUAUGAGGACUGGGCAUCAUCAGGAGGCCAACGUCAAUCGCUGAUCCAGCCUUCUGGAGCCGCCGCUGCUGAAUUUCCUGAAGAUCCGAAAGAUCUCGGAGAUUGGAGGUUCAGUGUGGUUAAUAUUGGAGAAUCAGCCUAUGAUAACGUUGAUAACACGAUACCAUCAUUCCACAAUGACCCAACAAUGGAUCCUACCAUGGAUUUGGAGUUGGCACAGCGCGAAGAGAACAACCUCAAUUCACUGAUUCCGGAAUCCUCCUACACGCCAGAUGCCUCGCCACGAUUGACUAGCAAUCCGGCAGAUGGCCCCGAUGACAACCUCGACCCCACUCACGGCAUCACAAUGAAGACCACGGCAUCAGAAGAGUUACGAAUCCUAGGAGUUGGUGCACGCUUCGCAAACUUUUUCGAGGGUGCAGGGUACUCGGGUUCAGAAGCCACUCAGUCUGCAGAACCAAGUCGUCCUCACUCCGACCUACUGCUUCGCAAUGAUACUUCGGAAUCAGAUGCCAGUCAGAAAGAGAACAAGAAAAAGUCAAAUUUUCGGGGCACUCCAGUGGACACUGCUCGAGCCAAUCAAAGCGAACAACCUGUUGAGCAACCUAUAGACCGCGAGGCUCGUCGCGGAACAUUACUGCAAACUUGGGACUUCGACAUGGCCUCUAGGCCAGCUCAAGAGCCUCAGCAUGAGCUCGCUCCGGGGGCUAGUAUCAUCCCCGACUGGAAUCAGAACCAUCGGGUCCCUAACCACAGCUUCGAGGAUCUUGGAGCUCCAGACGAUCACGUCGAGGUGGUCGGACAGUCUUAUGCCUUUCCCAGUCGUCCGGCUCUUCACCAUUAUGCAACAGCUCCAGUCGAGCCUCCCAUGGUCCAGAACAACAUCGACACCGCGAGUUCUCGCCAAACCCUCGAUCUCGACGCUCUGAUGAACGAAGGCAUUCAUAACUACGACGCUCCACCAUUACAACAGUACGGCUACAACGCUCUCUCGCCACAGCGAUACGACGCCCCGAAUCCCUACCAAUCGUACGUCAACGCUGCUGGCCCUGCAGCUGUAAUCGACUCUCACCACUAUGGUUACAACGCACCUUCCCCACGCAACGACUACCAUGUCGACGCAAUUAGCCCCGCCACCAGAGCUGAACCAGAAGAUGAUCAGUCCCAGUACGCCACGAUCACAGGGCACGCAGCCACAAACGGCACAUCAUCUUACGACCUUACUGAGCGUGCACCCGGCACUUACAACGGACUCACUCACACACCAGCAGAGAGCUUUGACGGAUCCGAUCCCGACGAGAUCGCUCGCCCCAGUCCACCUAGUGCUGCUGCCAUGGCUGACGAUGCUCCUGUGGAGGUUGUGGAGGCGGAAUUACUGAGGCUUUCGCAUGCGUGGGAACGGGCUCUGCGCUCCGCUGCUGACUUUUGGGGUGACGGUCCUACCAUGAACUCAGACACGGACGGGGAGGAUGGUGGGGGUGAUUCCACUGGGCUGGAUGACAAUCAGGCGGAAUACUGA